UGUGUGGAAUAUAAAUAUGCUCGCUUCUUAGAGCAGGGCAUCAUUUCUUGCUCCUUCUUUAGCACCAUCCUCUCAUCAUGGUAGCAGCAAAGAUUUUCGUCCCUUUGUGCGCACUUCUGGCCGCCGCAGUCCUGAAUUCCGCAAAUGCCCUCAGCUAUCAACCCCAAGGUCAAGAGAAAGAUUUACGGCAGGACCUGGCCCCGGGCCAGGGCCACGGUCAAGGUCAAGGCGAUGAUGUUUCCGGGGGUGGCCGUCAAGGUAGUUUCGGACAACAAGGAAGUUCUGGUCGUGGCGCUGGAGGCUUCCGAUCUGGCGCCGCCGAAGGAAGAAGCUACGGGGGUUCCCAGUAUGGCGGCCAGCCAGGAGGAGAAGACGCAAGUCGAUACAAUUUCCGGAUCUACACGGAGCCUGAAUAUUACGGAUAUGAAUCCAAGUUCCCUGGGGGGAAAGCCAUGUUCAAGUCUUACCGCUCGGCUUCUCGCUCUUCUGAGUCUGGACUUGGUCGCCAGGGUCCUCAGAGCGAAUAUGGUGCCACAGGUAGGAGCGCCAAAUCGUAUGACAAUUUUGGAUCAUCCGGUGGACAGCAGCCCCAGUACUGAGACCUUCAGAUGACAACUUCACUGCAUGAUUAGUGGACCAUAUCUCUUACUGUAAUAGGCUAUAGUACAGUAUAGUAUAUUUCAAGGUUGUCCAAAUAGCAGUAGGCGGGUAACAUGCAACCCACCAGGUUGGUUUUAUGCAAGCCUCAGGAGUAAACUUCAGUCUUCCAAAGAUUAUGUCAACACUUUCUUUUAAAAAAUGGUGGUGGGGUCAUAUCAAAUGAAAACUUUAUGAAAGGUCUUUACUAAAUAUUCCGUGUAACUGUAUAACUGAUUACACGAUACCUAAAAUAUUACGGAAUUUGUGGAAUUCCGUUACGGUAUACAUUAUGAAAAUAAUCUGACAAAUUUUAAGUAGCUGGUUUCUUAACCUUUCAAGCCUGUAGCCAAUGAGUACUACCAACAUUUCGUAACUUGUGCUUAACUCUCAAAAGCCCAGUGGUUUCCAUUUGUACCAUCUGCCUUAUUACUAAAACACUACAUUCUACACACAGAGUGUAUCUGCAUGUUCCGUUUGGUUCUCACAAUAAACAGCAUUAACCGGUUGGGCUUUGUAGCGGAGACGUAAUGUGUUUCCUGUGAGUUACGAACGAAUUCUUACAUAGUAUUCAGGAGAAACUCAAUCUUUAAAGGUCUAAAAAUUAGUUCGAUGUUGGGGACACGCUACUAAUGUUAUAAUAUGUACAUUCUCAGCCAUGCAGUCUGGAUGUUGUUGUUCUGUAGGGGAUGAAUCUGUUUCCUACUUAAUUUUAACUUGAUAUUACCGGGAACAGAGUUAAGUAUGCCUGUUCUUGUAAAGGAGAAAGCUUAGUCCACGGCGUUGAAAUUAAUAAAGUUCAGAGUGGAUCUUUUCUCUGCAUUGUCAGAAGCAAAUUCAUAAUUUCUUUUCUAAUCUUAGCACGUAGAAUUACACGAUACAAAACUUCAGUUAUAUUCAGAUUUGUUUGCCACAUAGGUCCAAUUCAUUUUCCUGUGCUUGUAGUUUAUAAAUAUUGAUCACUGUAAAGCUGACAUUUUUAUCGAUAUAUUGGAAAGAAUAUGUAUCUGGUGUGACCCCUGAGUUAUGUGAAGUUAGACAGCCCCGGUAUAGUUACUCAGCAACUAUGUACAAUGUAUAUUAUGCUUGUGUCGUACGGUUCUUAUAAAUAAAAGCGCACACGUAGAAUUUGCAAA